AUGGAGUCAUCCCAUUUUAAUGGGACGAAUCAUGCAAUUCAGAUAGCUUACAACUACGGCCCGGUUUCGGCAGACAUCCACGAAUCCAAGCGGUGUAAGACCUCCCACCAUGGCGGAUUGCCUGCUCCAAGACACGAACAGUACACUAUUGCCUGGAUAUGUGCGUUGCAUAUAGAGAUGGCGGCAGCCCAGACCAUGCUAGACGGUUUUCACGAGGCGUUGCCUACCUAUGUGGACGACAGAAACGCCUACGUACUAGGCAACAUCAAGGAACACAAUGUCGUUAUCGCGUGUUUGCCAACAGAGCAGUAUGGAACCAACAACGCAGCGAUCGUCAUGACAAAUUUGCAACGAACUUUCCCUGCGAUUCGCGCCUGUUUGAUGGUAGGCAUUGGCGGCGGUGUACCAACCAAAGCUGAUGUGCGUCUGGGUGACAUCGUCGUCGGGACAAGAGUGAUGCAGUGCGACCUUGGCAAAGUGCUUGCAGACGGACAGCUCCAGAGAACCGCAAUACCCAGGAUUCUGGACCACUCGCUUGGUGGGCUUGUGUCCACCGUUCGCUCUAAGCAUGAGCUCAGCCCCAACCGAGUGCUGUCGAUCUUAGAACAGAGGUUCAAAGAACAGCCCGCCUAUGCUCGACCUGAUUUACCCGACCGUCUGUUUGAUGCCGCUUAUGACCAUGAGUCUUCGAGUGGGACCUGUGACGGAUGCGACCCCUCAAAACUGGUACCACGAGGCACCCGAACCUCGGACGAAGUGGUAAUCCAUUAUGGCGCAAUUGCAUCGGGAAACCAGGUCAUGAGAGACGGCAGAACCAGGGACAUCAUUGCGCGACAGCUGGAUAUCAUAUGUUUUGAGAUGGAAGCAGCAGGUUUGAUGGACAUUCUUCCAUGUCUGGCGAUUCGGGGAAUUUGCGACUACUCGGACUCUCACAAAAACAAGGAGUGGCAGCGAUAUGCUGCUGCGACAGCCGCUGCGUACGCAAGGGAAUUGCUUGAGGAGUUGCCUGUAACCAGAUCUCAUGCAGAAAUUGCCUUCGCAGAGAAUUCUGAUCAAUCUUCGGUGUCCAUACGCCGAAAGACCUUGCUGGAUUCUUUGAAGUUUGAACAAAUGGAUGCUCGGAAAACGACUAUCAAACAAGAACAAAAAAAGACAUGUCGUUGGUUCCUCAACCAUUCCAGUCACAAGGCAUGGCUUGAUCCUGCAGAACUGGCGCAACACCAUGGCUUCUUGUGGAUGAGUGGCAAGCCAGGUGCUGGCAAAUCGACAAUCAUGAAAUUCGCAUACGGCAACAUGAAGAGCAAAACCCGUCAAAAAGAUGCGAUGACCGCAUCUUUCUUCUUCAAUGCCCGAGGUGAUACCUUGGAGAAAACAAUCUCAGGGAUGUAUCGAUCACUGCUGCUUCAACUACUUGAGGGGUACCCCGACCUCCAGGUUGUCUUGGAUGAUCCCGACCAGGUUCCUCGGACUCAAACCGGCUGCCCUUCCUUGAAUGUUUUGAAGAAUCUUUUCGCUAAUGCAAUUUCUGCCCUCGGCCAACGCUCCCUUGUCUGCUAUGUCGAUGCCCUCGACGAAUGUGAUGAGCAACAGGUGGUGGACAUGGUUCAGUACUUUGAGGAUCUGACCGAAGACUCCACGGCCAAAGGUGUCAGGUUCCGAAUCUGCUUUUCAAGUCGACACUAUCCCUACAUAUUCAUUCGCCGGGGCCUACGACUGACACUUGAGGAUCAGUCAGGUCACGCGGAUGACUUGGAAACGUAUGUCACAAGCCGUCUCUUAAUCCAAGAGCCUGCGCUUGUCGAAAAGCUCCAGCCCAAACUCUUCGAGAAAGCCGCGGGUGUUUUCAUGUGGGUGGUUCUGGUCGUUGACAUUCUCAACACCGAAUAUAGACGAGGCAGAAUGGCCCUAGAAAGGAGACUCGCGGAAAUACCAAGUGACUUGAGUGCACUCUUCAAGGACAUAUUGAGACGCGAUAAUGAGGACAUGGAAGCACUCAAGCUCUGCAUCCUAUGGAUUCUGUUCGCGAGAACACCCUUGCGGUUACAGGAGUUCUAUCAUGCUCUGUGGUCUGGUCUAUCUCUGGAGGGCUCCGCUGAUGACCAAAUUCCAGAUGUCAUUGUCUUAGGAACUGGUGGUGCGAGCGACAUGUUCAAGAGAUAUGUGAUCAGCUCCUCCAAAGGGCUCGCCGAGACCACAAAAUCCAGUCAGCCCACAGUACAAUUCAUUCAUGAAUCUGUCCGAGACUUCCUCAUCAAAGACAAGGGUCUUUACGAGCUAUGGCCAGAGCUUGGACUUGACUGCGAGGGCCUCGGCCAUGAAACGCUCAAACAUUGUUGUGAUCUCUACGCCAACCACAUCACAGUUCGCACAUCUGUUGAUAAGCUUCCAGCUGAGCCUACAUCUGACAACAAGAACGGAAUCUUGUACAAGUACCCGUUUUUGGAGUAUGCCACUCAAAAUAUCCUCCACCAUGCGAACGCUGCGGCAAAAGCAGUUUCUCAAGAUGAGUUUCUAUCGUCCUUCCGUCUUUCCGACUGGAUUAACCUCAGCAAUCUUUUUGAAAAGUUCAAGAAUAGAAGGUAUACGCCUACUGCAAGUUUACUUUACGUACUAGCAGAUGGGGGUUUCCCAGCGCUCAUCCGCGUGGGGGUCAAAAAUGAUUCACGCGUCAAUGUAUUGGAUGAAAGAUACAAGUACCCGCUGUUUGCUGCGUUGGCCAAUGGUCAUAAAGACGCUGUUGCUGCUCUUUUGAAUUCCCCAUCGAGAAUUUGCGAUGGAGUCGAUAUCACAGAAGGUCUCAACCACAGGAAGGACUUAAAAGAUUAUAUGAAUCGAACACCACUCUCUUGGGCUUCCAAGAAUGGUCGUGUGGGAAUUGUCAAAUUGCUGUUGCAAAUUGGUGACGAUUGUGAUCAGCAGGAUGGAUUUCGCCAAACACCACUCUCACUUGCUUCUCUGAAUGGCCAUACAACAGUGGUAAGGCUUUUGAUCGAGAAGGGAGUCGAUCUCAAUGCCAUUGAUGGCACUGGUGUGAAACCUCUGGAAGAAGCACUCUAUAAUAACCAUGCCGCGACAGCUGAGCUCCUGCUCAACGAAGGAGCUCAUUUCAAUAUCACUGCCACUGUCAGGAAUGGUCAGACAGCACUCCAAAGAGCACUCAAAAAUAAUCAUGCAGCAUCAGCCAAGCUUCUGAUUGACAAAGGAGCUUAUUUAGAUAUCGAUGCUAUUGACGAGAAUGGUCGGACACCGCUCCGCAGAGCACUCGAAAAUAACCAUGUGGCGGUAGCCAAGUUGCUGAUUGACAAAGGGGCCCGUUUUGAUUUCGAUGCCAUUGACAAUGAAGGUCGAACACUGCUUCAUUUGGCAUUGUCUUGGGAAUUAGUGCAGCUUCUGAUUGAUAAUGGAGCUGAUCCCAAUGCCAUUGACAAAGAUGGUUGGACACCGCUUCAUUUGACAUCUUUGAGAGGUUAUAAAGCAAUUUCCGAGCUUCUGAUUGACAGAGGAGCUGAUCCCAAUGCCAUUGACAAAGAGGGUCGGACACCGCUUCAUUUUGCAUCGUCACAUGGCCCUUGGGAAGUAGUGCAGCUUUUGAUUCAUCAAGGAGCUGAUCCCAAUGCCAUUGACAAAAAGGGUCGAACACCGCUUCAUUUGGCAUCUUUAAAACCCUCCGAGGCAACUUCCGAGCUUCUGAUUGACAAAGGAGCCGAUAUUGAUGCCAUUGACAAUGAAGGUCGGACGCCGCUUCAUUUGGCAUUGUCACAUCGCUAUUGGGAAGUAGUGCAGCUUUUGAUUCGUAAAGGAGCUGAUCCCAAUGCCAUUGACAAAGAUGGUUGGACACCGCUUCAUUUGACAUCUUUGAGAGGUUAUAAAGCAAUUUCCGAGCUUCUGAUUGACAGAGGAGCUGAUCCCAAUGUCAUUGACAAAGAGGGUCGAACACCGCUUCAUUUGGCAUCUUUGAGUGGCCAUAAAGCAACUUCCGAGCUUCUGAUUGACAAAGGAGCCGAUAUUGAUGCCAUUGACGGUAAAGGUCGGACACCGCUUCAUUUCGCAUUGUCAAUGGGUCAUGCGACAGUAGCGGAGCUUUUGAUUGAUAGAGGAGCCCGCUUCAGUAAUGAAGCUUGUGAUAAGGAUGGUCAGACACACCUCCAAAGAGCCUCAUUCAAUGGCUACGAUGCGGUAGUGAGACUUUUGAUUACCACAGGGGCAGAUAUCAACGCUAGGGACAAGGAUGGGUGGAUUCCCCUCCAAUGGGCCUCGUCGCAUGAUCACCGGGCAAUGGUGAAGUGUCUCAUUAAACAUGGGGCCGAUGUCAACGCCAGAGACAGUUACGGAAGCACAGCGCUUCAAUGGGCUUCGGCAAAUGGCCACACGGAAGUUGCGAGACUUCUCGUUGAGAACGGAGCCUACGUCAACGUCAAAGAUGGAUGGAACCCGCUCAAAUGGGCCUCGUCGAAAGGCCACCAGGCGAUAGUCGAACUUCUAAUUGAACAUGGAGCCGAUGUCAACGCCAGAGGCAGUAACGGAAGCACAGCGCUUCAAUGGGCUUCGGCAAAUGGCCACGAGGCAAUAGUGAAGCUUCUGAUUGAGAAAGGCGCUCACGCAGAACGAGAAAACUGA